CAAUUGAGUCGUUUCUAGGGCGUGUGCGACAGAGACUGUCGCAAACUGCCGAUACAAUUAAAGAUUGUGACAGAAAAGGGUCCUCCUGUAUCGGAGCUAAAUAUUUUAAAUAUUUCUAGAAGCCCAGUUGGUCUCGGACAACUUCUUCUCUCAACCUCAUACACCUCUUCUAGCCCUCAAUUAAAGCAAGCAAACAUUCUUCGUCAACUGUCGCCUCAUUAGCCAUACUCUUUAUCUCAACUGAAGUGUCCUUUUCUCUCAAGGCUGCGAACGAGCGGCAACAGCUCAUCUCUCCUCAACUGAAGCUAUUCGCAACUCUCACUCUCACUCUCACUCGCUCACAAUGUCUCUCACAUUCCGCCCCGCAACACCACAAGACGUAACCCCUCUCCUCGCCCUCAUAAUCUCCGCCUACCGCGGCCCCGACUCCCGCGCAGGCUGGACAACAGAAGCCGACCUCCUCGCAGACGAGCGCAUAUCCUCCACUGAUCUCCUCGCCAAAAUCACCGAUCCCAACGGCGCCGUCAUCCUGGCUUUCACAAGCUCCCCCUCAUCAUCAGGAACAUCAACGCCAGAAGGUGACAGCGAUCCCCGUCUUGUCGCAUGCUGCGAAGUUGUUCAAAAAGACACAGAGCGUGCUUACUUCGGCCUCUUCGCUGUAUCGCCGAAACUGCAAGCUGGUGGUAUUGGAAAGCAGGUGCUUGGGUAUGCGGAGAAUUAUGCGGUUAGGAAUUGGGGAACCAAGAUCAUGACCAUGUGGGUUAUUUGGACGAGAAAGGAAUUGAUUGAGUGGUAUGUUAGAAGGGGGUAUGUAAAGACAGGGGAGACGAGUCCGUUCCCGUAUGAGGGGCUUGUUAAUGGUAAGGCGUUGAGGGAUGAUUUGUACUUUGAUCAUUUGGAGAAGGUGUUGGCAUAGACAGAAUAUUGGAGGACCAUAGACUAGAACAGUGAAGAGGAUAGUGAGGAUUAGACUAAUGAGACAUGCGAUUCACACAAA